AUGACCAGAAUCGCCAGCACAGUGGGAAUAUGGCUCGCGGUAGCUAUACUACUAGUCACCAUACCCUGUGUGAUCUUGGCUCUCCUGGUGCGGAGAGCUAGCGAGACGCCGCGCAAUAAAGCGCUCGCUGCGAUCGACUCAGGUUCUCCCGAUCACCACGGAUACAUUACGCGAGGUGUGCCUCUUCCACGCGGGAUUCGUCUGUUGCGGAAGGUGAACGCACCCAUCCUCGACGGAGCUCCUGAGGUCGUCGGCAGGCGUAUGAGGUGGAACAACGAGCGAGAUAUACCCUUGGAAUCACCUGGCUGGAUCCAGAUGGCCGAAACUCUCAAAGCGUUCGGCAUGACCUUUGAGACUGGGGACAGUCUGAUCUUUGGCGACGACAAGUCCUUUAGCAUGGGUCAGCCCAUUGGUCACAAUUAUCCUAGACUACCAAUCUCGCCGCCGUGGAUAUUUGACUUGGGUCUGGCAGGCCGCUUCGGCGUAAGGCCGGAUGAUGGUAAAUGGUCAAAGCAAUUGCUCGCAGACCACCAUACACCUGUCGGGUCAGACGAAACCUUUUCUGGUAGGCUUCCCGCGUAUCAAUGGGAUGAUUUCGAGGAGCCCUUGCCCGACUGGGCUCGGAACGAUGCCACAAAACCGCCUGCAAUGCAUGAUUUCGACAUGAUGGCACGAACCAGACUCGCCGGGUUGGUGGGGGUUAUCCGAUUUGGGUAUUGGCCUGACUCUCACAUCUCUUUUACCGGACAUGAGCCAGAUGAAAUUGGAGGCAACCUGAACGACACGCUGGAUGUCGCAAGUCUGUUCUGGUUGGCCGUUGGCUGUCUACCGCUCGAGGAUGGUCGCAUCAUAAGAAGAAGUCUGGCAAACGACACCGCAACGGCAAAGUAA